AUGAACUGGAGCCCUCUCUUCCUCACCCUCCUCGCUCACUGCACAGGCUCCGUGGUCUCCUAUGAACUGACUCAGUCGCCCUCAGUGUCCGUGGCCCUGGGAGAGACGGCCAGCAUCCCCUGCAAGGGAAACAGCAUUGGGAGUAAAUAUGUGCACUGGUACCAGCAGAACUCGGGCCAGCCACCCAAGAUGGUCAUCUAUGGUAACAGCAACCGACCCACAGGCAUCCCGGACCGAUUCUCUGGCUCCAACUCGGGAAACACAGCCACCCUGACCAUCAGCAGGGCCCAGGCCGAUGACGACGCUGACUACUACUGUUUUGGGUCUGAGUCUCAGUCACCAUGGUAUGUGUUCGGCAGCGGGACCAAGAUCAUGGUCAAAGGUCAGCCCACGGCGGCCCCUAGAGUGUCUCUGUUCCCGCCAUCCUCUGAGGAGCUCCAAACCAACCAGGCCACGCUGGUGUGUCUCAUCCAUGACUUCUGCCCACCUGAGGUGACAGUCACCUGGAAGGAAGAUGGCCAACCUACCACCCAGGGCGUGGAGACCACCCAGCCCUCCAAGCAGAGCAACAACAAGUAUGCCGUCAGCAGCUACCUGGCCCGCACGGCCGCCCAGUGGAGCUCUCACUCCGAAUACACCUGCCAGGCCACGCACCAGGGGAAGACGUACGAGAAGAAGGUGGCCCCCGCAGAGUGCGCUUCGGGCCUGAUAUCCCCCCCACCCCGCCACCCAGGAGGGCCCAGAGGGACUGGCCUCUGA